AUGAUACUGCAUAAGAUUGAUGUAUUGGCCGUCGUUUUUCUCAUCAUCGGCUGGACUGCUGCACAUAGGCAUCCUACCUACCAUCAUCACCAUCGGAGUCGAUCUGCUGAUCAAGAAUCAAUAGAUGGCUACAGGUCUGUGGCAUAUUACGCUAACUGGGAUAUCUACGCUCGAAAAUAUUAUCCAUGGCAGCUGCCUGCUGAAAACCUGACUCAUGUUCUAUAUUCAUUUGCGAACGUUGGGCCGAAUGGCACUGUUUUUGCCUCAGACACCUGGGCGGACGUAGAGAAGCGCUGGCCAUCGGCAGACGAGAGUGAAAAACGAGCAGAAAACGAGGAUGCACAUGGCUGUGUACAAAAGUUAUUCGAACUCAAGAAGAACCACCGAAACCUUAAGGUAUCUCUGUCAAUCGGGGGUUACACAUACUCGCAGUCAGGCUCCUUCAGUAUCAUGGCUGCUACGGAUUCUGGAAGGGAAACAUUUGCAGCCUCAGCCGUCAAGCUCAUGGCAGAUUGGGGCUUUGAUGGACUGGAUAUAGACUGGGAGUAUCCCACCAAUGAUGCCGAUGCAGAAAACAUGGUAUUGCUUCUGAAGCAAGUGCGAGAGGAGCUUGACCGUUAUAGUGACCUACACUCGUUGGAAAGACCUUUUCUUCUCACAGUUGCGGCACCAGCUGGGCCCUCAAAGUACGAUAUUCUGAAGAAGACAGAGAUGGAUGCCUAUAUUGAUUUCUGGAACUUGAUGAGCUAUGACUAUACGGGCAGCUGGGACUCCGAAAGUGGUCACAUGGCCAACCUUUAUGCGUCCAUGGACAGACCUGCGUCCACUCCGUUCAACACCAAUCAAGCCGUUGAAAGCUAUAUAAGUGCAAAUAUAUCUUCUAGAAAGAUUGUUCUCGGUUUACCACUAUAUGGGCGGGGCUUUGCAGAUACAAGUGGGCCUGGCCAAGCUUUCAACAGCACCCCUGCGGGGGAUUGGGAGAAAGGUGUAUACGAUUAUAAGUCACUCCCUCUCAGUGGAGAUAACGUGACGGUCUUAGAGAAUAUUGGAGCAAGUUAUGAAUAUAGCUCGCAAGACCAGGUAAUGGUCAGUUACGACAACCCGGACAUAAUCAGACGCAAGGCAGAAUACAUCAUUGACAAGAAGCUUGGAGGAGGCAUGUGGUGGGAGGUCUCCGGGGAUAAAGAGGGGAAUGAUAGCUUGAUAUCGACACUCGUUGAGUCGCUGGGUGGGUCAGGAGCACUGGAGAGAUCAGACAACAUUUUGACCUAUCCUGGAUCGUCCUAUCGAAAUAUCCGAACUGGCUGA